GACAUGAUGGCCGCCCUGGGCGGGAUGUGGCGCCGUCGUCUCUACACUGACCUCACCCUGGUUGUGGAAGGAAAAGCUGUCCGUUGUCACAAGGUGAUCCUCGCCUCGGCCUCCCCUUACUUCCACACCCGCCUCUUCACAGGUAGACGUGAAUCCCCCAUUGAUAAAAUUUUCCUCACGAACGUCUCCAAAACAAUUCUGGAUUUGAUUUUGGAUUUUCUUUACACCGGAGAGUGCCCGCUCAAUCUGGACAACGCGGAAGACAUCUUGAAAGCCGCUUGUUUAUUCCAACUCUCGUCUCUCCACGACAUGGCAGAUCUAUACCUCAGCGAAAACAUCGACGCCAGUAACUGCCUCAGGAUUUUCAAACUUGCAAACUCGACUUCGAGCCCGCUGAUGAAAGAGCAAGCUCGCUGGGUGAUCAACAACCAUUUUCUAGCAAUAUGGCAGACGCCGAUGUUUCGACAUCUGACGUGCAAAGAGCUCAUCUCCGUCAUAGAGCAGGAUGAGCUGGUGGUGCCGGACGAGGACAGCGUUUGUAACGCCAUUCUGACGUGGCUGGAGGCGGACAGAGACAAGAGACGCUUCAUGCUCAGCGAGAUCCUUAGACGGGUCAAGCUGCCUCAGCAGAGGAAAGAGUUCAUCAAGGAGACACUCGCUGCCGACCACAUGGUCAAGAGGAAAUCACCAGCGUCUGUGGUGUAG